AUGAGAUCGUUGUCGGAGAGGGAAAAACGUUGUAGGUUUAGACUGACAGAGAGAGUAAGCGGCGAGGAAAGGAUUGAAAGGAAGUGUUGUCGUCUCUCUCUCGGUGGGGAUGAGGCUAAGUUUGGUGCUGCUGUUAUGGUUUCUAAGGUGAAGUUUGAUCAUAUAUUCACUCUCGAUCAUGGAACACCAUAA